AUGCAAUGGCACAAAAUAGCCACUCUUGUAUACACACUGCAUAAUUUUGUUCUCGUAAUUGUGUAUAACUUUCAUUAAUAUCAUUUUAGUCAAUUUACCGGAUUCUGAUUGGUUAAAGAUUAAUCGGCACGAAUACGCACGACUCCGCGUGCAUUAGUAUAGGAAAUUACACUUGUUCUCGAAGUAUUAAUGAAAAAUCACACUUGUGUUUAGCGUAAUAUUUAUAAUACCGCUCUAUUAUAAAUAUUUCGCCAAACACGUGUGCGAUUUUCAUUAAUACUUCUCGAACCGUGUAAUUUCCUAUACUAAUAGGCAAUUCCAGCUUUUAGUUUAUGCGCGCAGGGGAUGAUGGGAAGUAAGGUAUCAUAUUGCUGAUUAUGCUGAAAGAUUUCAAUAAAAACUGCCGAAACAACCGAAAUAUUUCAAUAUUUACAAGUAUAAGCUGUCACUCCGUGUUUACACGGCCGCCAUUUUUAUUCUAUCCGUGCGCGCAUAAUCAGCAAUAUGAUACCUUACUUCCCAUCCCCCCUGCACGCAUAAACUAAAAGCUGGAAUUCUUUCCUACCAUUGUGCCGUGUUCUUGGAAACUACCAAUCCAUAGACAUAGUUGAUGCCCAAAUAAUCACCUAUGAAAUUAUACUAAAACAAUUAUUCGCCUCAGGCUUGGUGAUUAUUGUUAAAUGAAAACUUCGACUUUGUCUCUGUCCCUACUCACCGAUAAUCACCUAGCCUUAGGCGAAAAAUUGUUAAUUAUUUCUGUUUUCUAUAUUUAUAUUGAUAUUUUGUAAAGGGCCCACUGUAAUUGUUGUUAAGCUGUUGUGGUGUCCCAGCUUCUUUAAUGCAAUUAUUGUAUGAUGUUUGGAAGCGAAGCACAAUAAAUAAAUAAAUAAAUAUUUUUUUGUUUUACAUUUAGCUUGAGAAACAACAAAAGGAAAAUUUUGGUAAAGCAGCUCGACUUCGUGAACAGUUGAAGCGACUAUGGGCUAAACUUGAUAUAGAAGAUAGUGAACAAGAAAGAUGUAGUGCGGCAUGUUCUGGUUUUAGACCUUCUGCAGUACUCAAGGUAAGUAAAUACACUCUUGUAAUCUGCCUUUCAAUAAUAUUUCGAGGAAACGAGUUUUUAUUUGGAAGUAGUGGAGGGACGCGCGAAAAUGCGGGAUAUUGCGGGAGCAAUGAGAAACGUCAAUCCAGAGUCCACACAAUUCACACGUCACGCAUGGCAAAAAAUGUUACGUUUUUUACUUGGCUUUUUAUACUAUAUCUUACAAUAAAUUUUCUACUGAUUCUUUUAUCAGCUGAAGGCGGAAGUUGAGAAGUUGGAAGCAUUGAAGGUUUUGCAUAUCAAGAAAUUUAUUGAGGGUUCAAGGUAUUAAGUUCAACUAUUUCCAUGUAACUUUUCUGCACAUAUUUUCCUUAGUUUACCUUUUUCUGCUACAUAAGAGAUAUUUGUUUGUAUGAGGCAAGUGAUCAAUUUGCCUUUCUCACGCCGCCAUUUUUGGAUGGCUUUCAGUCAGCCGAAGUCUGCGAGAUAAGUCCACAUGAUAACAUUUCUAUAAUAUUUUGGACGAAUGAUGGUAAAUUUGCUUUGUAAAUGGUUAGUUUAUUUUGAAAAAUUACUUUUCACAUUGUUUUAAUUGUUUGCGUUGGUUAACGAGAAUUAGAUGCCACCCAAAAAUGGCGCAUAUUCGUCAUUGUGAGAAAGGCUAAUUGACUCAGAAUUGUAACGCAAUAAAACUUUAUGAUCCGUGGUUUAGGAGAGAACUUGACGAAAUUUGGGAUAAAUGUUAUUUUGGAGAGUCGCAAAGACGCGAGUUCACUCCAGCAUUUGAUGGUAUGUAGUAACUAUUCUGAAACAUAGUAUAACAAUAUAGGCUGAUUAUUGGGCCAUCCAUAAUUAUCAACAUUUUCACAUGCAUACAAAACGUACCGCGCGUACGGGUAAAUUAAUGACUGUUACACACCGCAUCUAAUAUAUUUUUUGUUUUUUCAGAAAACUUCAACGAAGACGCCCUUACUCUACAUGAGCAUCAAGUCGAAGUUAUGAGAAAUUAUUAUGAGGAAAACAGCGCAAUUUUUAAAUUAGUAGAAAAGAGGGAAAAUAUGUGGAAGAAAUUUUUGGAGUUCGAGGUACUAGACAAUAUUUGCAAAAAAUUUAAGAACAUUUUAAUCACCAACUGUAUAAAUAUUUAAUUUGUUAUUUCAUAUUUAACUUUUGUGCCUGUUUUCCUCAGCAGUUUCACUAAAUUGUCAUGUACAAUUCUUAAUGUUUCUUUUAUGCUGUUUUAAAGAGUAAAGAAAACGAUCCAAACAGAUUGUUUCUUAAUCGAGGUGGUGCCUUACUGAAAGAGAUGAAGACAAGAAACACUGUGCAAAAAGGUUUACCCAAGGUAAACAAAAUUUAGCUUAUAAAGAAAUAUAGAAUAAUUUAUUACAAUAAUCAAAUCAUUGAUGAAAUCUGUCAUAGCCUUCCCUAUUGUUGAUUGCCCUUGAUUUUUAAAAUUGAUAUCAUGCAUGAUUGCUCCAUCUAUUGUUUAGAUUAUUCGUGAUGUUUUGCACCUGCACUACCUGGCUGUUUGAAUCGGCUGUUAUAGCUUGAUCAUAUAUAUAGCCUGGUUUUGACGACAAUAUAUUCCACUAUAUUCUGGCACCCAAUGCUUCUUCUAUAAUACCUUUUUCUGACUUCUUGAGGUCCUGUUCCUAUCUUCUUUAACGAAUUAAAUAUUUCAAAGUAUUCAUCAUUAUCAGUAAUUGCGUUUGUAAAGAAACGUUAAAAUAUAUUUUGGAAGAACAUGCAGCAGUAAUAAACGUGACAUGAGUUGAUGUUGUGUGUGUGUGGUUUUCUCAUUCAGGUUGUAGAGGAGCUGAAGAACACAAUAGCAUCAUGGGAACAUGAUAACGAGAACCUGUUUCUAGUGAACGGAGAAAGAUAUCUGGAUGUUAUGGAACGUCAGUGGUUAAACUAUGAAGAAGAAAAGAAAAGAGCAAUUGCAGAAAGGGUAUAAAAUAUUGACCUUAAUAAUAAAUCCUCUGGAGUCUACAACAAACGGCAACAGAGCACAGCUUUGAUCUAAUGUGCCGGAUUUAAUAUAUUUUUAUUUGUCUUUGUAGCAAAAAGCGAAAAAGGAAACUCUCAACAAAGAGAUGGUCUAUGGAUGCACACCUAGCAAAAAGUAAGAAUAUACAUGCAGUAACUAUCCCACAGAAAAAAAUGUUUCUUGCCAUUUGACUUGAUGAACAUUAUAGCAUAAUUCUAGGAUAAUUAAUAAUACUGCGAUAAAAUUAGUGUAUGAUAAGAUACGUGAAAAAUUCCUUUAUCGCAGUUGAUCUUUAUGACUAAAAACCAUGUAAAUAUUGUUAUAACUCCCGAAAAUAGUUUUUGCUUGAGCAUAUUGCUGGAUGACUAUCAGGCCUGCAAAUAAUUUUUGCUUGGAAGGACAAGACAAAAAGUGGUCGGGCAUUUAUCAGUUUUUCUCGGACAAUGGACAAAGGAACAUUCAUUUCAAUUUUGUUUUUUAAAUUAGUACAAUGUAUUUCGGCUGUUCACGUUGAUCUGCACUGCAAUGCGUCCUAAUGCAUCCGUAAAUUUGGGUUAAGGUUAUCAUGGGUGAAGGCGAUUUACAUUAUUAUUUGUAAUUAAAUCGUACGGCUUAAUGCCGCAAGAAAAGUGGAAAAGUGUUGUUUAUAUCGCUUUGGUUUCAUUAAUAAAAACGCGCUGAAAUCAGUUUUUUGAGAUGAGACAUUUGACCAGACUAAAUCGGUCGGUUACUGUGCAUGUCCAGUCAUAAAAAGCUUUAAUCAAAAGGUAAAAUUUGGUCGGACAAUGUCCAAUGACCGAAACUAUUUUGCAGGCAUGUUCAUAAAGCAUGCCACACACCAUACGAUUUGUGUCUAAUUGAACAUUUGUUUUAAUAAUUGUAGAACACCUGCGAAAACUCCACAAGGCAAACGUCUACGCUCUGCCAGCAAGGUAAUAUACACAAGGUCAAGGAGAUAUUUUUAUUAUACGAUUAUUUUGUGUUCUCACGUUGAAUUCUAUUUCGGUAAACAGCUGCAGUAAAAAUAGUUAUAUGGUUCUUGUACUCUAGAUGAACUCCACUGCAAGUUCAACUGCAACAACACCAUCGAGGUUAUUUCAAUCAAGUGUGGUCUGUAGAUCUCCCCUAACACCACGUAAAAAUCUUAUGUCUGCUUUGAAUAAGCCUCCAAAGGUAGCCAAAGGCAAAGUAGUCAAGGUUUGUACAGUAAUUACUCCAUAUUUCAACCUCCUCCGCACGCCAUUCUAAAAAUAGGUACGCUAAGCGUACAUGGAUCUGCGCAAAGAAGUUUUAUAAUGGUGCUCCGAUGCUGUGAAAAAUGCAUUCCCGUUGCCGUUUCUCCUGAAUAAUGAAGAUGGCGCAGGACAAUUGAAAUCAUUACUUUUAUAGUAUAAAUUUAGAUGUUAAAGUGAAGAAAUUAGCAGUGGCGAAGCCGCAAUUUAGUCAUGCUAUGCGAAUAUUUCCGUGUUCAUAGUCCGUGAAAACAAUCAAUUUCUAAAGAAAUGAAUAAUGAUAAUGGUAUUAAACAUGCAUGUAAUGUUCGAUUCCCUGGCAUCUAUGCCAAGAUCGUGAUACAGAUGGGUUCAAAUAUUCUUUAAUGUACAUUUUAAUAAGCCUUCUCGGGCUCGUUUUGGUGACCGAAUUUGAACAGAAUUUUUGAACCUGAACGAGGCUAAGACGGCUUUUAUAAAAAAAUAUUUGAACCCAUCUGCAUUAUCAAAGUUGUUUCUAGGUAAUUAGUAAUAUUAUGCAUCUACAGACGUAUUUAAUUAGUUGUUGAAAAGAUUGUUUUGUGGUGAAACUUUUAUUACGUGUGGACAUUAAAAUGCUUCAUGUAUAUAAACCGGGCUUUUGUCUCUACGACGGAACGACCACGCCCAAAUUUUGAAACCUUAAAAUAUAGUCGUUCAACUUCAUUACAUGACAAUUUAAUUUUUUACUGGGGAUUUUUAUUCAUUUCUUCCACUUUCCCUAGUUGACCUUCUUGUGAUGUAAUUAGUAUAACUUACUUACCGUAUAUUUGUCUUCUCUGUGGUCUUCUAGAAUCAAAGAAGACGAUCCUCUCGGCUUUCAAAAAAACUUGCCAAGAAAGUUUCAAGCAAACCACUGAAUGCAACGUCAUCUGGGUCAUCAAGAAAUUCAACAAUGAUUGUCGCGCGAUCUGGACGUGCUGUCGCCAAAGAAUCGUUAUCAUCUUGUACGUCCUAUACUGAUUUUGCAGUGAGUAUUCCCCAGUCAGACUAGUUCGUAUGAAAUAUAGUUACAUAGUGAUUUAUCCUAUGUGCAGUAAGUAUUACUCAGUCAGAUUAAGUGCGUAUGAAAUACAGUGUAGUGAUUUAUCCUAUGUGCAGUGAGUAUUCCACAGUCGGACUAGUUUGUAUGAAAUAUAGUUACAUAGUGAUUUAUCCUAGUUCCUAUGGAAUAUGAUACUGUGGUGAUUUACCCUAUAUACUAUCAACCACGUGCCCAGGCUCUUUCCACUAUACGCUCCUCGCAGCGAGGAGGUUGAUGUACUACUUGAUCAGACCAUAUCAGACUAGUGAUAGUUGUUAUUUUAUUUUAGAGUGGUUUACGUGAACAAGAGCCAACAGAAGUGUUAAAUAGCACUCGCUCUCAAAUGGUGACAUUCGUGUAAGUCAAACAUUGGCCAGUUACACAGAAUCAUAAGUGUUCGCGUGGUGAUGCACAACAUGUACAGUAUAUAUAGAAAUAAAUAGUGUGUGUACGAUAGAACUAUGGAUAUAUAAUAAAUAUAUAUAUAUAUAUAUA